AUGGCGUCCCUUUGGGCUGUCCGUGCUGUGCGUGGUGGCCGUGGUGCCGCUGCAAGGGUACGGGUGAGACAUGCCACCAGCUACCGGGACUUGUCACGCACGGAAGGCGUUGCUGGCUAUCCGAACGUGAAUGCACGCUUCAAGCAGGAACCGCCCCGGAAGAGGCUGCUUCCAAACGAGGACAACAGCUGCGGCCAGCCAAGCCAAAGACACUGGCAAUCCUCCUGGUCGGCCGAAGAUGUGAGAAAAGCUGCAGUGGACCAUGCAAUGCUCACCUGGUCCCCAUCGAGUUCGGUCAGUUCUCUACCCAUCUUGGAGCGAGCCGAGGGUGUUUAUGUCUACGACAGCGAAGGGAAGAAAUACCUGGACUGGACCUCUGAAGCCGUUUGCGUGAAUUUGGGCCACAGCGUUCCUGAGUCUGUGAAAGAGGCGAUGCUCGAGCAGAUGGAGCAAACACCUUUCGUCUAUGGUGGAAUCGGCCUGGUCCCAGUGCGUGCCAAGCUUUCAGCGCUGCUGGCGGAAUUGGCGCCGGGCGAUCUCAAUGGUUUCCUCUUCCCCUCCAGCGGGGGUGAAGCCAACGACUGCGCCAUCCGCCUCGCACGCCUCUACACAGGAAAGACCAAGAUCUUCAACCAAUACCGCAGCUACCACGGCGGAACCUUGGCGCCCCUUGGUGCCACUGGGGACUUUCGCCGCCGCUUCGCGCAAGACUCGGCCACGGGGUUUGUGAAGAUGUUCAACCCGGAACCACAUUUCUUUCGCUGGGGCGACACCGACGAGAAGGCCUGUGAAAUGGCCCUGUCCUGCUUGGAGGAACAGAUUGUGGCCGAAGGUCCCUCCACCAUCGCAGCCAUCAUGGUGGAGAGCAUCCCUGGCUCCGCGGGAGUUCUCAUUCCGGCUGUGGGCUUCAUGGAAGGUAUCCGUUCGCUCUGCAACCAGUAUGGCAUUCUCAUGAUUUGUGACGAGGUGAUGACGGGUUUCGGUCGCACGGGAAGUUUGUUUGCCUUCCAGCAUUUUGAAGGCGUGAUUCCUGACAUCGUCACCAGCGCCAAGGGCUUGACAGGCAGCUGGCAGCCUUUGUCCAUGGUGGGUGUGCGUCAACCACUUAAGGACUUCUUCAAGGACAAGGCCACCGGUUGGGGUUCCACCUUUCAAGCGCAUCCUGUGGCCAUGGCCUGUGGCUAUGCCUCCUUGAAAUACAUGCUGGAGAAGGAGUUGCUAUCACACGUGCAGAGGGUGAUUCAGCCGGUGAUGAUCGAGGAGCUGGACCGCCUGGUGAGCAAGUACGACUUUGUGAAGCAGGCGCGUUGUGUGGGCGCCUUCGGUUGCUUGGAUCUCAUCGAUCCGAAGACCGGUGAGCGAGUCAUGCAGUUGGGCGAGCCUCUAACUCCGGAGAUGCAAACCUUUAAGAAGGCCUUCAAUGCCGAAGGGUUGAUUGGUUUUUUGCGGCCUCCACAAGUGCAUUGCGCACCCCCACUGAUCAUCUCCGAAGGUGAGCUUCGUGAUGGUUUCCAACGCCUGGAUCGUGCACUUGGCACGCUGCAAGCUGCCUUUCAGGCCAGAUGA